UAUUGGUGGACCUGUCUACUUUGGAUCUUCUUUGCUGACAUAUAUAUAAAUAUGUUUAUAUAUGUGCGUGUGAGUGUGUGGGUAACAGAUACCACACGAGGCACACAAAUACAUAGCCAAUUCCAGAGCCAAAGGGGGGGGGGGGGAAGUAGAGUGAUAUAUAGAAACAGAGUGAGUAGAGUGAUAUAUAGAAACAGAGUGUGAGAGAGGAUAGGUGGGAGAAGAGCUGAGGCAAAUAGUGGAAUUCCAUAAACUCCAAAUGGGCUGCCUUUGCUUUUCUUCCCCUCUCAUCUUCAAUCCGCAUCUGUUUAUCUAGAAUCUAACAGCUCAAUCCAUCUUAAACCAAGUCUCUCAAGUUGUAUUUCGAAUCUCUGCAUAGCAAACAGCCAGAGCAUAUACAAUGACAAUCGAUUGCCUUGCAAAUGCAUCAAUGAUGAGAGGUCCCCCAUCGCUGCAGCAGCCACCGAUGUCUCCACCAAGCGAAGGAGAUAAAAAUGAUGAGCUUCUGCAACAACCUCUAGUAUUCGAUGCCGCUGUGCUUCGACAUCAGCCCAACAUACCUACACAGUUCGUGUGGCCGGAUGAAGAGAAGCCCAGUGCUGAGGCAAAAGAACUCAAUGUUCCUGUCAUCAACUUGGGUGGGUUCCUAUCUGGAGACCCUGUUGCAGCCAUGGAAGCAUCGAAGCUUGUUGGGAAGGCCUGUGAGAAACAUGGGUUCUUUCUUGUAGUAAACCAUGGCGUCGAUAGAAGACUCAUUGCUGAUGCUCACAGAUACGUGGACUUGUUCUUCGAAAUGCCUCUCCAUGAAAAACAGAGGGCUCAGAGGAAGCCCGGCGAGCACACUGGUUAUGCUAGUAGCUUCACUGGGAGGUUCUGCUCCAAGCUCCCAUGGAAAGAGACCCUCUCAUUCCGCUACUCUGCUGACGUACAAUCAUCCACCAACACAGUCGAAGAAUAUUUCCUCAACUUCUUGGGUGAACGAUUCCGGCAAUUUGGGAGGGUAUACCAGGAGUACUGUGAAGAGAUGAACAAGCUCUCACUGGGGAUCAUGGAGCUACUGGGGAUGAGCCUUGGGGUCGGAAGGGACCAUUACAGAGAGUUCUUCGAAGGGAAUGAUUCGAUAAUGAGGUUGAACUACUACCCACCAUGCCAAAAGCCACAUCUGACUCUGGGAACGGGUCCUCACUGUGAUCCCACAUCCCUGACAAUCCUUCAUCAAGAUCAGGUCGGAGGACUACAGGUCUUUGUAGACGAAGAGUGGCGUUGCAUAAGCCCCUGUUCUGAAGCAUUUGUGAUCAAUAUUGGAGAUACUUUCAUGGCCUUAUCAAACGGAAGGUACAAGAGCUGCUUGCAUAGAGCAGUAGUGAACAGAGAGAAGUCAAGAAAGUCUCUAGCUUUCUUCCUUUGCCCACAGACGAAGAAGAUAGUGAAGCCACCAAAUGGGUUGGUAGACAAAGAGCACCCAAGGAAGUACCCAGACUUCACAUGGUGGUCGCUGCUAGAGUUCACACAGAAGCAUUACAGGGCUGACAUGAAGACCCUGGCCGUCUUCACCCAAUGGCUUCAACAAGAAGAGAACAAAUGAGAAGAAAGGGGAGGACUGACCGACCCAGUCAGCUCUCUUACUCGUCCUUUGUAUGAUUGAAAUAUUUCAUGGUCGUCGUCAUCUUUGUAAAUUGCCGAGGAAAGCGACUACUUCGGAGUUUGGACUGAGAGGGAGAGCGAAUAGAGAAUUAGAGCUCUAGAGAGAGAGAGAGAGAGAGAGGAUAGAAGAGUUUAAAAAUAUAGAAGAAAAGAAGGGAGGCGCUCCAGGAGAGACUACUAAAGAAGAAGAGCUGUUUUGUUUAAGAUAGUAAUCUCCAAUUUUACACUUGGAGUUAACAAAAGAAGAGAACCACAAGCCAAACCAAAGGGCCUGGCCUCACCUGGCCUUGCUAUAGGGCCAGAUAUUUAUAGAUGGCCCACCUAUUUGUAUCAGAAUAAAUGGAUGGGUAUAUAUAUAUAUAUAUGAAUGAAUUUCAAAUGAAAUUUAACAA